AAGAAGUCAGACGGUUUAAAAACCCCAGGACAAGUCACGGGCUGGAGAGGAAAUAGAGGGCGGAAGGUGCUCGCCUGCGCCUAGCCGGUGUUUCAUUCCGGAGCCUGUCAAGAGUCACGUCGAAGCACAGAACCAGAAGCAACGCCUGAGCACGCGGGUAUGACGCCGUUCCCCUUCAGCCCAGCGUGGUGCUAUGUUCCUGCCCGUCCCCAUCAAUGGUGAGGACCCACGCGGACUCCAGCACGGCCCCUGGCGUUCCCAGCGGCGGUAGCAGGCAAGGCCCUGCCAUGGACGGCACCGCCACCGAGUCCCGGCCGAGUGCCAGCUCGCUGCAGCACGCCGCACAGCCGCCGCCGCGGAAGAAACGGCCUGAGGACUUCAAGUUCGGGAAGAUUCUGGGAGAAGGCUCUUUCUCCACCGUGGUCCUGGCCCGAGAGCUGGCAACCUCCAGAGAAUAUGCUAUUAAAAUCCUAGAGAAGCGGCACAUUAUCAAGGAGAACAAGGUCCCGUACGUGACCCGAGAGAGAGACGUGAUGUCGCGCCUGGAUCACCCCUUCUUUGUUAAGCUCUACUUCACGUUUCAGGAUGACGAAAAGCUGUAUUUUGGCCUCAGUUAUGCCAAAAAUGGAGAACUACUUAAAUACAUUCGUAAAAUCGGCUCGUUCGAUGAGACGUGCACCCGCUUUUACACAGCUGAGCUGGUGUCUGCCCUCGAGUACCUGCAUGGCAAGGGCGUCAUUCACAGGGACCUGAAGCCGGAGAACAUCUUGUUGAAUGAAGACAUGCACAUUCAGAUUACGGAUUUUGGAACAGCCAAAGUGCUGUCUCCCGAGAGCAAGCAAGCCAGAGCCAACUCCUUCGUGGGGACAGCGCAGUACGUCUCUCCGGAGCUGCUCACCGAGAAGGCGGCCUGUAAAAGUUCCGACCUCUGGGCUCUCGGCUGCAUCAUCUACCAGCUCGUGGCCGGGCUCCCGCCGUUCCGGGCUGGAAACGAGUAUCUUAUAUUUCAGAAGAUCAUUAAGUUAGAGUACGACUUUCCUGAAAAGUUCUUCCCUAAAGCGAGAGACCUUGUGGAGAAACUUCUGGUUCUGGACGCCACCAAGCGCCUGGGCUGUGAGGAGCUGGGGGGCUACGGCCCUCUGAAAGCCCACCCGUUCUUCGAGUCCAUCACCUGGGAGAACCUCCAGCACCAGACGCCACCCAAGCUCACCGCCUACCUGCCAGCCAUGUCUGAGGACGACGAAGACUGCUACGGAAACUACGACAACCUCCUGAGCCAGUUCGGCUGCAUGCAGGUCUCCUCGUCCGCGUCCUCCCACUCGCUGUCGGGGCCAGAGACGGGCCCCGCGCCCAGGGCCGGCAGCAGCGUGGAGCAAUACAUCCACGGCCUGGACGCCAACUCCUUCGAGCUGGACCUGCAGUUCUCCCCGGAGGAGAAGCAGCUGCUGCUGGAGAAGCAGGCGACCGGGAACCCCUGGCACCAAUUUGUAGAAAAUAAUUUAAUAUUAAAGAUGGGUCCAGUAGACAAGCGAAAGGGCUUGUUUGCGCGCCGGCGGCAGCUGCUACUCACGGAAGGGCCACAUCUGUACUACGUGGACCCGGUCAGCAAGGUCCUCAAAGGGGAGAUCCCGUGGUCGCAGGAGCUCCGGCCCGAGCCCAAGAACUUCAAGACCUUCUUCGUGCACACGCCCAACAGGACAUACUACCUGAUGGACCCGAGCGGCAAUGCCCACAAAUGGUGCCGGAAGAUCCAGGAGGUGUGGCGGCAGCAGUACCAGAGCCCCCCAGAUGGUGCCGUGCAGUGACGGCGCCCCCUGUGCCCCAGAGCCCCUGCCUCGCCCAUGGCGGACUGUGCAGCCUUUUUUAAAAAAAAAGAAAAAGAAAAGGAAAGGACACGCCCCCUCCCCAAGGACACACCCGGACCACAGCCGUUGGGGCCGCUUGCUUGCUUGCUCCGCACAAGGAACGCAGCUGCCUCAGCGGGGGCUGCCCCCGAGCCCCUGUCCUGCGCUCUCCCGGCCCUGCGUCCCCGGCCCAGACCCGCUGCCCACCCUCACACCCAGCUCGGUGCCCGCCGCGGCCAGUGGGCAGUGGAGAGAAGGGUGCCAUCACUGCCCAGCCCCGGGUGGCCAGUGCGGGGAGCACCGCCGUGUCACAGCCUUGCUUCUGGGUCACAUCUGCACAGGGACAGCCUGGCCUCCUGUUGCUGGACCCUCUGGGGCCCUGAGCACUGAUGGUGACCUGCCCAGGGCACAGUUGGCCCUGCCAGCUCCUUAGACGUGACACAGGUACCCGCCAACCAAAGGCUCAGGAAAGAUGCUCCCGACUGACUGGGCGAAGAGCUCAGGCCAGUUUGAGCUGCUUGGCAGCUGGGCGCACGGCGUGGGGCGUCCCCUGGGCAGGCCCUGCCUCGCCAGUCGGGCUGCUGCUCCCGCACGCUCCUGCCUUCUUGGUAGUGAGGCGCACGUGGCCAUUUCAUUAUCAGGAACCCCGUCCGGGCCUUCGCCCGGAACUUGGACUGCCCCUCGGGUGUCAGGCACGUGGGGAUAGGUAGGCAAGCCAGAGCCGCACGGGGAUGGUCCCCGGGGCACUCAGCUGGGCUGUCGGCCUCUAGCCGACAGUGCCACUACCUCCUGGGUGCCGCCGCCACCCCUUCCUCCCCCCAGCAUCCACACCUGAGACAGGGAUCAGCCUCGGGGACGCAGCCCUCUGGAGACCGUGCCUCAGCCACCGGUGGCGUCUCUGUCAUUUUAGCAGAGUUGGCAUUUUUAGCAGAGCCUAGCUCGCCAGCCCCUCCUGCCUCAGACAGACACGGAGCCGCACGCGAGUGGAAAGGGAGAGGGAGGCAGCCAGGAGGAGCAUGGCCCCCUCGGGCACAGGACGGCAGGGGGGUCCACAUACCAUCUCACCGCGACACGCUCCCCAAGGGAGGAGGUCCGCCAAAGGAGAGGGAUUCUGGGGGGCUUUGGUCUUUGUUAAAAGCAUUUGUUUUCUGGAAAGUCAGCAGUGGACACAGCACCCAGACAAGCCAUGAGAACACAGUUGUAUUUGGAGCCCCUGCCCGUCCCGUGGGCCUUUGACCGAAUCCGGGAGCGCAGCCUGUGCCAUGCACGUCUGCCUCCCACUUGCCCCCUGCAUUCCCGGGCUGUGAGCAGUGAUGCCGCCGUUAUUUUCGGGCCUGGAGGGAAUAAAGGGGGGCGCACUCAGCUGACCCGGGUCCCGUCCUCAGCACCACGCACGAUCCCGGGGCACAGCGCCAGAAGUAAGCUCUGAGCACUGUCAGAUGUGGGGUUUUCCCACUCCCUCCGCACGAAAGAACUUUGAAUUAUUACAGAGUUUAGUAGAUCACAGUUUCUCAUGACUUGUCUGACCAAUUCCCUCUUACAACAUUCAGAUGGUCUCCGGUUUUCACUAAAUAAUGCUGUGAUUAAUGUCCUUAUAAGUAUUUGAACUUUAGUCUCUAGCCCUACCCUCCACAUUUCCCAGAAGUGGGUCAGAGUAUCCAUCUUAAAGGUGACAAGAGUCCUUCACUCUCCAACACCUGCAGUUGUGCCCCCAGCUCUGAGCACGUCCUCCCGUCCUGUGUCAGCGGUGUGCUCCUCAUGCUGCAGUAGGUUGUUCUCACAGUGGUGAAAUGAUGUCAUUGUUGCAAACCAUUUGUGACCGAUUUUUUCAGAAGCCAGCUCCUUAUAUUUCCAGAAAGAAUCUGGUCGUUCUUGUAUAUUAGUUACCUUCUGAUCCUGGCUGCGGAGGCUCUCAGGUGCUGGUGGUUCCCCAGAACCCUGCCCUGUGUGUCUCUCAUGGUACUGACUGCGUCCGCACCUCAAGUGCUCGACUGACCUUGCCAUGCUCUGAGCGGCUGAUUUGUAAGUAAGCUUGGUCUCAGAAUGUCCAUCAGACUGUGGAAUCUGAGAGUCAAGGCUUCCCUUGAAAACUGAACCUUAGGACGGUUGGGUGUUGCAGAAGUCGCUUGCUCACCUGCCUGCAGUGUGCCCUUCAGGUCCUGGUUUGGGGGCAGAUGUGUCUAGUACAGAGGCGUGUGCAGGAUAAGGUUGGACUCGUGAAAGCAGUCUAAGGGCCCCUGCAGCCCAGGGCACCGCCUCUUGUCACACAUAGUCCUGAUAGCUCGGGAGGUGUGCACCGGAGACUUUGUUGUCGAGGUCAGUGCCCUUGGACUGUUGAGUUAUGCAGAACCAGAUCUGCCCUCUGCCCAGAGUUGAGGGGGCGCAGGUACCAGCACAGUGGGGAGCACACCCACUAGGCCUUUUCCAUGCUGAGGCUGCUCCGUGCUCCCUGGCAAACUGGUCUCUGGCCAGUGCUGUGCUGCCCAGUGUGGCAGCCCCAUGGGUCUGAGCAGCCCCAGAACUCAUUUUGAAAGUGAACAGAAUUUUUUUUAAAGCAGACUUUUUUUUUUCUUUUUGGGUCACACUCGGCGAUGCACAGGUGUUACUUCUGGCUCUGCACUCAGGAAUUAUUCCUGGUGGUGCUCAGGGGACCAUAUGGGAUGCUUGGAAUCAAACAAGGGGCAGCCGCGUGCAAGGCAAACACCCUACCUGCUGUGCUAUCGCUCCAGCCCCACAAACUCAUCUUUUGCUGUGCCCCACUUAGAUCUAACCCAUCUGGCUUAGUAAAACCGAGUUGGGGGUCACCUGGCUAGUGGAGACCCUCUGUCACAAUGGAUGUGAAUGGAUGUCACCAGAAUGAGUGUUACAGUAUUUGCAGCUGCCGUAGCUGACCCUCGACACCAGGCUAGGAGGAGGCAGUAGUCACACUUGGGGCUUUCAGGUGGGUGGCAGUCGGUGAGAAGAUGUAAUAAUCUCUACCUGGUCUGUGCAGUGACUGUGAUGUACAGGCAACGGGAACUUCAAACCAUAUGGAAACAAAUAAUGCAAUGAUACUAGGAUACACACUUUUGUAUUUUUAUUCUUAUAUAAGGUUAUUUGCUGACUCUGGUUGGCCUCUAGUUCAGUCUGUGUUAUUUAAAAUCUAAUAUAUGAAUUAUUUGAAUGGAAUUCAUGUUCGGGGCCACGCUGUUGUAUGUAUUGAUGUACAGCCUUGAAUGUGAAUAAUUAUUGUAAACUAUAUUUUACAACAUUUUCCUGGCUUUAUUAUAUAAAUUUUCUAUUGGUCAAUGAUUUAGUCAUAAUUUAAUGAAUAUGUUUAUGCUUUUUUUUUUUUCAAAUAUUUGUGCCCUAGACGUAGAUACCGAAUGAAUUUUCCACGUAUGCUCGGUAGUCUUGUAAUAAAAAGCAUGUAGCGUGUA